CCGUGGCAACAGCACAGGAAGUGGCGCGCGACAGUUUAAAAACUGUCCCUGAAAAACCUGAACGGGAGAUUGUACUGUCACUAAAUGCUGUUAGCUUCUCUGUAAUAUUUAUAUCCGUGUAAAAAUCUAUUUUGCUGCUCACCGUGGCUUCAGACUUAAAAGUGUUUUCCAGGUUUAAUUAGCCUUGACGACUGAAGCAGAAAUUUAGAAAAUACAGGGGGGUUCGCGUUGGUUUUGUGUUUGUGUAACGGUUAGCUUCUGAGCUAAUUUACGGUCUGAAUAGAUGUCGUUCGUGAGAGUGGGGCGUCCGCAGCAGCAGCAAGCCAAAGGAAAAAGACCUGUUCGCCCUAAGAAGACAGCAGCUCCAAGGAAAGACUGGGUGAGCACUGUCAAUGAUCUCUCUGUGCACAAGCUGACUCCUGCUGAGCUGAGUCAUCGACAUGAGAUCCACAAGUCUCACAACAAAGCUACAGCUCAGUGGGAGCUUAGAGAGAAAGCCCUCAAACGUCGUCUCAGACAUCCUGGGAGCCCCGCACACCUGGACCAGGCCAGCCUCAGCAUCAUCAGAGAGGUUUUCUCUGAUCAGCUGCUGCUGCAGGAUGUGCUGGCCAGGUCUGACCGGGCCAUGGCUGUGGUCAAAGACCUGUUUGGAGAUGCUCCACGGAGGCAGACUGGGCAAUUCAGUGUGACUGUGGCUCCAAACUGUGACUCUGACUUUGAACUGCCUGUUCUCCAGAAACCAGAUCCUCCAACCCAGCUGUCCCUUCUCAGCCAAUCCAUGAUGGAUCAAGAGGCUCUUAAUGAAGUAGAGGUUUCUAAGGAGGACGACACAGAUGAGAAUACCUAUCCGUCAUGCUGCUCAGAGAGUCGUGUCGUCAGAAGGACAAAUCUAAGGAAAAUGAAGGCUCAGGGUAGAGCAAUGCAGAAACACAAAGUUAAUCAACUCAGAUCUCAUCCAGGAGAUAAAGAGAACGUCCCUGUGACCCCCAUCACAUCAGGCGGAGCACCUGACCCAACCGCUCUCAACGCCACUGUUGCUGUUCAGCGUGUUCUGUCCAAACAGCGUCCAUCAGAUGAAGACGAGAAGGAGACUUCUGUCGUAGUGUCCCAGGUCCUGAAUCCGGACCUUCCUUUAAGUCAGUCGGGAAGAAUCAGCAAACACCCUGGAAAGACCAGGAAGUGUGUUUCUCAGACCUUGGAGCUGGAUGGCUCCUCAGUUACUUCUCUUAAUGGAGACCAGUCCAGCCUGGGCCUGCUGCAGGAUAUGUUGGGUCAAGUCAAGGCAGACUUGGACGCUGUGAGUCCUGACACGGUACCAGAAUCAGCAGGAAGUCCAGAACAUCACAGAAGACAAGCUCUUACCGGAUUCUCCUUUGCCUUGGUCUCCACACUUGGACGUUUAGUCCACCUCCUCAGAAAGAGAGAAGCUGAAGCUCAGAAAGAAGCCGAUGAAAGAAGACGACUGCUGGAGGAACUGAAAGAGCAGCGCGGCCUUAUCGACGCUCUAACAGCUGAAACCAUGACCUUGAGAGAAGAGGCUGCCGCCUUGCAGGCAGGGUUACAGCAACAGACAGUGGAGCUGGAGCAGAAGCUGGAUUCAGUGGUUCUCUUGAUGGGAGGACUGGGACUGCUGGGGGAACAGAUGAACCCACCCAAAGACUCUGAUGAAGGAGGGUCCCAGUCUUAUGUUUGUCAGUCCGCUCCUGGCGUUGAGAGACCUCUUGAGAAAACACAAGCCAGAGUUUCUCCUGCUGUCCUCCUUUCCCCACCUCGACAAAGUGAUAACUGGCAGCAAAGUCCUGGAGGUCAUCUGCUACCUCUGCAUUCCCCUUCAGAUAUCCAGCGUUCUUGUGAAGAUGUCCACUCUCAUGUCUCUACCUCAAGACUCAAGAAACUUUCCUCUGGCUCCUCAUUGUCACUCACCUCAAAUCAACCCCAGUCCCUGCCCUCUGCAGAAGCCAUGCUGGCUGAGAUUGCUGAGCUGAGAAGACAGAACCACCUGAUCAAGGCUCAGCUCAGCCAGACAAAGAGCCUCGGGUCAGGGGUCACAGGACCGCCCAACUGCAGCAACAAGCAGAGUAAGUCAAGCCCAGUCAGCAUGGGCAGAGUCACGCCUCAGAGUGUUGCAGAGAGGAGAAUAUCUGGGUCCAGCAGCUCAGAGAGAGGCCAGCAUCUUCAGUCUCCAGAAGGAAUGUCUGCAACUUCUCAGGAAGGGUCCUCUAGCUCCCUCAGCGUGGAGCAGCGUCUGCUGGAGCUCAACAAACAGAGUGCGGCAGCUAGGAGUCGACUGUUGGAGCUUAUCGAGCAGCAGAAGCAAAGUAUUUCGGUCAGCGUCUCUCCAUCCGCCUCCCCCAUCCUCCCACCAGCCAUCAGUGCAAACACAGAAGCUGGAGUACAGAGCCCAGAGGAGACGGUGCUGCUACCUGAAAGAGAGUCUCGGUCCCAUCGACGAUCUGCUGGUUCUGAUUCUAACAGCUUUGGCUUGGAGAGCCGGACUGGAGAAUUAGAGACAGAGAAACGGAGAGAACGGAUGGAAGGAUGGUUUUCCCUGUUCGCUCACACGAGAUGACACAAGGAAAAAGACUGAACAAACUGAAUGUUUUUAUUUGUUUUUUUUAGCAACUGAAAUAAAGUUGUAAUGCUUUUCAUUCUCACACUUUA